AGGGAAUUCCCGAAUCCCGGCGGAUACACAUUUUUUGCAUACAUUUUUUAACACAACAAACACAUCUCACACCACGCUAACAACCAACUGCCGGUAGGUAAUUAAAACCAAUUAUACGUUAUUGUUUGGCACUUGUACAUAUUCAAAGAAUCAUUAUAUACUCUGGCUUUAAACGCAACGAAAACUUGAAACGUGAUUUACCGAAGCCGUGAUCUGAUGCUGGUACCGUUAGCCGUUGCCGUUCAAACUGAUUGAAGACGGUCCGGUACUCCCUCACUAGGUGCACUUACCCAAAUUUACUGAUACUGAAGGUAGUACCAGUAUUUUGAGGAUCUGUAUACUGAUCCUCAAAAUAUGACUGCUAUUCGUCUACUACCGUACUGACCAGUGUCGGGAGGAUCUGAUGGCCAAUGAAUUUGAAUGAAAUGACCAAUAUUGCCAAUAAUGGACAUAAAUUAAAGUAUUAAAGGAUGGUGGCUUGACCUCAUGUCUCAUGUUCAUUUCAUUUAUUUAAUGGAUGCAAUGUAUUAUUUAUUCAGUGUGAGUCUGGAAUAUUGAUUGUACACGUUACUCAUGUUACAUGCCAUGCCAUCAGCGAUUUAGACAUGGAAGUUUAGAAAGUUAAUUAAAACUAAGAGUGAUGAGAUGAAUACUAAAAAUAGUAACGGGGGGGGGGGGGGGGGGGGAAAAACAAAAAAAUGACCCCUAUCUAUCUAAUAUUAUAACUAACAAGUUUUAAACAAGGCUACUAAGAUCAUGAUUAAGAUGAAGUAAAAACUUGCAAAAACUGCUCUAGUCUCUAGCUAGCAAUUUUGUUUGAGCAAUUAAAAUUAAAGUCUAACGCGGGAACCACAACAAAAAAGGACUGCAAUUGUAUGAGUUAUGAUAAGAAAUAAAUUUUUUUUUAAAUUUAAUCAGUCAGACAAGACUGACAAUUGGUUAUUAUAAACCUGAUUUUAAACCUUUAAUCAUUUCAGUGGCACUCAUUAUACCGUAAUUGAAAUAUUGGCACUCUUCCGAACACCAGUCCCAAAUUAAAAAAACUUGUAAAACAAGUAAAUGUAUCGAAUGAGCAGUUACUUUGGCCUUGGCAAUUCAAUAAUGUUUAGCCAAGUACAUGAUCAAAUGUGAUAAAUGCAACUCGACAUCUUAAAGUACUGUCUGAAAAUAUGUUCUUUGUGGCUAAAGCACCACUGGAAAGGACACAAGUAGUUUGAAAACAGAAUUAGCUGUACGGUAGUUUACAGUGGUGUCCCAACUUUCAAUGCAUCAUGUUAUGACAAUUUUGUAUGUGGUAAGCCCACAGUUUGCAUAUUCUGCAUGUCAUAUUGCACGGACGGCAGUUCCAUUGGUAACCAUUAAGUGACUUGGCAUGUCGGAAAAAAGACAUGUGAUCUUGACAGUUAUGAGAUGGUUUUCAUUGAGCCUCACUGACCAAUGCUUGCUGUCAUACAGUGCCUUUGACGUUGUGUUGUAAGUUUGCAUGUUUCCUGGCAAAACACUAUUUGCAAUAUGAACUGGCCCAUGUCGUCUGCCGGCCAUGAUAUUUAUUUUAUAUUAUUACAACCAGUUAGUCUGCAAGACAACUCCAGUUGUUCAGAAUGGUAGUCAUAAAUUAUGUCACCAAUCAUCAGGGCUGCCUGGCACUUUCUAACGAAAAGUGUACUAUUUGACAUUUGGGACUGGCGUUCGGAUGAGUGCCAAAUUAUUAUAUAUUUAAUUACUUUCUUAAAAGUUUGGCAAAGACUAGAAAUGAGUGCUACGAUUGAAGCUCCAUAUUUACUUAUAGCAAAAAAGCUUGUGCUGGAGUUUUGCUAAAAUGUAUUUUUUUAAAGAUAGGAUAAUAAGGAUAUGUUUAGUCUUAAUUUUGCUGAAUCAGUUUUGAAAUACCCGGUAUAUAUUUUUAAAAAUUAUUUCUAUUCACAGAAAAAAGAAAAGAUUUUAAUAUAAAGAAGGUCUGUUACAUCAACUCCAGCAAUGUCUGAUAUAACAAUCUCAACAAGCCCACUAGUUUCAGUACUAGUUACAAGUACAGCUAAUCCAUAUGGUGUGGAGCGCAGAUUUGAAAGAGCAUUGACAAUUUCAGCUCUUAAAACAAAAUUGGAACUUAUUACUGGUGCAUUUGCUCAAACUAUGAAACUUACAGCUUACACUUCAGAAAAUAAACUUGUAUGUUCUCUUGAUAAUGAUGAAGCUUUGCUUGGAUCAUACCCUAUUGAUGAUGGCAUGACUCUCCACGCAGAGGACUCCAAUCUCAAACCAGAUGAAUAUUCAGACACAUCAAAGGUGGAAAAGUUUGAAAUUUCACAAGAAGAAUAUGACAAACGCCAAGAGUCUAUGAAAGCAUUCAAAGAGAAAAAUAAGCUUGGUCGAUUCAAUAAAGAAGAAAUGAUGCGAAAGGAGGCUGAACUAAAAGCAAAGGAAGAAGCCAAUGAAGAAAAGGCUAAAAGCUUUAAAGUUGGAGAUAGGUGUGAAGUACGUGUCGUUGGUCAGCCAACUCGUCGUGGUUCUGUUAAAUAUGUUGGCACUACAGACUUUAAACCUGGAGUUUGGGUUGGAGUCCAAUAUGAUGAACCACAUGGUAAAAAUGAUGGAACUGUAGGUGGCAAAAAAUACUUUGAGUGUCCACCAAAAUAUGGUGGUUUUGUACGGCCAUUUCAAGUAGAAGUUGGAGACUUCCCAGAAGAAGGCUUAGCGCUAGAUGAUGAUGAAAUGUGAUCUUCUUAGUAGACUCCGUAUUUGCUUGAAUGAGCUUUACGAUUUAUUUCUCAUCAUUCAGUUUAACAUCAUCUUCUUGUGUACCGGUACCGUUAUAGUCAAGCUAGAUUUGUAAACUGCAAGAGAAGGAGAGAAAAAAAACACAAUUCUGGUACAUUUAAUUUUAUCAACUCCAUUUAUGGUCCCUUUAUUAAAAAUAACAUUUAGUCUGCAUUUGACAAUGACAUGCUAGAGUGUAACCCCUUGAGCCUUACAGGUUUUUCAACUUUUUAUUUAAAGGAACGACACCAAAAUUACUGUUGUUGUGAUUUUAGAUUUUUGUUUGAAGAUUUACCUGUACCGGUACUGUAAAAAAAACUUGAGAAAAAAUUAAACAAUUUGUUUAAUGCUUAAAUUGCUUUCUUGAAAUAUAUCUAGUUUAACUGUUAAGGGAAGGCCUGUGAGUGGUAUAUGUCAAUCAGUUGCCAAAUGCACAGACCCUUUGAGGUAGAGCAUUUCUGACAGAAUAAGUAAAUGUAACUCAGUUUUUGUGGUUCUUAAAAAUGCUUUUUGUUUAUAAUAAAGUUGGCCUGCUUAGUGUUCCUUUUAUUUUAUCUUAGGACAUCCAUAAUUGAAUAAUAGCUAUUUACUUUUUAGUACCGUAUUUCUCUCCUCUGUGGGGUACUUUGAUCUCACCAAAACUGUUGUCUGGCCAAAAAUAAAGGCCCAGAAAAAAGCUGAAAUUUAUUUCCAUAAUUUUUUAAUGUUGGUUUACUCCCAUAGCCACUAGACUAUUAUUAUUAGAGAUUGAUGAAUGUUGUCUGAAUUUGUUUUGAUUUGUUUCUUGAAUGGCUGGGUUUGCACAAACUCUUACUUAACUAGAGUAUACACUUUACAAAUUAAUAUACCGGUACCACUUAAAGUAUUGUACCGGGUAUGUAAUUUUCCAUAUAUUUCUCUUUGUAAAUUAGUAUCUUGAAACUUUUUUAAAUGGUUGUUAACUGUUAUAUUAUAUAUUUUUAGUUUUUAAUAUGGUUGUUCAAAAAGACUUUUCAUUAGUACUGUAGCAUAUAAUAGUUUCAAGACUUGUGUAAAAAUUUAGUACAAUUUAUUAAACACUUUGCUUUGUCAUAAAUAAAAAUAAUUUUUUUUUCUCGCAUUUGAAAUAUAAAUCAUAGACCUCUAUUCGGUACCUGUACUAAACUAGGUUAAUCCCUGUCACCACCAGGAUAUUAACCCCAGAUAUCUGGAAAAUAAAAAUAUAAACUGUUCAGUUUUUCUACCUAACAUUGGUUUUCACAAAGAAUUAUGUUUUUCAAAAUAAUACUGGCAUAUUUAAUAUUUAUAUAUAACUUAUAUCAAAUUAAUUUUUUAAUAUUUAUUCACCUCUUGACAAAACUACCUGAAAAAAAAUCAUGAUGUAAGUCAGCAAUAAGUAAUUUCAUUUGAAAAAAUAAUUCAAUCAUCAUCAGUGGAAAUAUAAUAUGGUACCGGUAUGCUGAUAUUUUAAAAAAAAGAAAAAAAAAGAAACCUAAAUGUUUUAUAUUUACUAAUUGUAAGCUCAUAUUUAAAUAUUGCUUUGUUUUAAUACUUGCUGAUGGUGUUUCCUAUAAGUUAAACUAUAUGUAUGGUAAUUUCUAGCCGCAACAUGUGUAUUUGUUAUCAUAUGUCUUUGUAUCAGCUAUAACAUAGUAGCCAGAAAUUUAACAGCUUCUAUUGAGUCAAAAUUUAUUUAUUUAAGAAUAAAGUUACUUCAGUAAGAAUACUGUAAUUAAUUACAUUUUUUAGAUUGCCUCAUUUUUAUGAAGCUCUAUCUCAUUAAGAUUAUGCUUCUUGGUGGCUCAUUUUUAUGCAAUGUUUUUUUUUUCAUUUAUUUAUUUACUCAGUGUUGCCUUUGUGUUUGAAACAUUAAAAAUAAUUUGUAUUGAAUUCAAUUCCUUAUUUUGCACCAGAUUCCUCAUUGUUGUGUGCUGGUAACUAUAAUUUGGAGAUUUAUUUCAUAAUAUGGUCCAGGUCUUUAAUGUUACCAUCCUAUCUAUGGGGAAGGUUGAAUCCAAAACUGAAAUGUGUGUAUUUUUAUUUUAGUUUUAGAUAUGGGUACCAGUAAUAAAAAAUAAUUUAGUAGACCAAUCAAAUUAAUCAACUCAACUAAAAAAAAAUUAAAAUGAUGAUUUUUUUAUCAAUUAUAUUAUAUAAAUUAAAGGGUAAUUGGUCUGGUAAAUAAAAGGAUUGAUCUUCACACACUGUGUAUCAAGUUCAGAUUGAACUAGCAGCUUAAAAAUUGUACAUCCUUUAAGCACUCAAAAAUGUGUCCCCGUGUCCAUGGUAAUUGUAGAAAUCCCUAAAAAAUAAUCCUAAAUUCAUCCAUACCGUAUUUAAUGUACCGGUACUUUGAUGAAAUGAAAAUAUCUCAAUUUAACAGACAAAAGAAGUCCAUGGACUAAAAAAGAGUUUAAGAAAACCUGCAUUAAAUAAUUUUACAGUAUUCAACGAAUCCUUUUCUUUGCAUAGUCAGACAAAAUAAUAUAAACGUAUCCCGGCCGGGUUUCACAACCUGGAGUGCUCGCAUUCCUGGGGUGGGGGUCAAGAAGACAUAUCAUUGGGUUGCGAGGAAAUGGAAUUUAAGAACCGUGGAGACAUUCGCUUUUCAAUUACGACAAAUGUUUAUUUAUAUAUAUAUAUUUCUUUUUAAUAAAGUUUUUUUUUAACUUUCUUUUUUAUGUAAUACAGAUCUCUUUGUAAUUCAAUAAAAAAAUUAGAAGUCCA